AUGGGAAUCGCUGUUGCAGAUAAAGCCACUGCCGGCGACCUGGCCGCCGAGAUGAAGGCGCUUAAGACGCGUCAACGCGGCAUCCUAAAACGGCGCGCAUCGCAAUUCGGCAACGGCCAUUUGCAGAACAGUUGGAACAUUUGCACUGAUAUCCAGCGUCAGUGGCUGCGCCGUCGACCGCGUCGUCUAUUUCAAGGCGGCAAGCGCACGACCAGAACUGGCACAAAGAGUCAACAAUCCGAUUUGAAGCAGCGUGGCUGGACAUUCUUCUGGUACACUCUGUUGCCGCUUCUCGCGGUCCUGUGUAUCAGCUGCGGCAUAACCAUGUGGCAGAAUGGAGAUGCCGUCUCCAAAUUCAUGCAGCGCUAUUCGUCACAAUACCAGGACAUAGUGCACAAUAAGCUCAACUACUGUAAUCGCUCCAGGUCGUUGCAUGACAUCUUUAAAGAGAUUCGUGCAAAUGUGCUUAAUCAGGACUUGGCGAUAAAUCAACUGGAACAAGUCUUUGUCAAUCAAAGCUCAAUACAAUCGAUUGCAUUGAUUGGUUCAUCGGGAGUGGGCAAAACGUUGACACUACGCAUAUUGCUGGAGCUGUACCCAUGGGCGGAGAAUGUGCAGAGUUUGGCGUGGAAUGAUUUCGAUCCGAUUGAUGACAACACACGCGAGCAAGCCGUGGAGGACAUGCUGCACAAUCUGGCACACUGCGGUCGCAAUCUGUUGGUUAUCGAUAACCUGACACCCUUGGACAAGGAUUAUGUGGCGGCCAUCAAUGCCAUGCUUGCAACUCGCUCUGACGUGGCCUUUGAUAAUGGCGACAACAACACUCAUACGGAUCUGAAGCAUUUGACAAUUAUCUAUGUCUUCAAUCUGAAUCGUUUGCUCGACGAUGAACUUUAUGAUCUGCAGCGGGAGGCAGUGCAGCAAUUGCCCAAAACUACGGUGAUCAACUAUCGCAAUUUCAACUUGGACGAUGUGGAAGAGUGCAUGCGUCAUGAGGCCAAAAUCGUGGGCAUGCGUGUAGACGACAAGUAUGCAAAGGAGAUUUUACUCUCCGCCGAUCCCAAGGUCUCUGGCUGCAAGACCGUGCGCUCCAAGGUCCUUAUGUACGGCGAACUGGAGACGGAUAAUGAUGCCACUGAGAUGCCAGAUCUCUUGACAGUUAAGACUAAUUAA